AUGGCCAUCCGCCUGUGGGUGGUCGCCCUUACCUUGGCUGCCCUCCUCGUGGUGGACAGGGAGGGGCCAGUGUCGGCAGGAAGGCCCAUUUUCUUAAGAAUGCCCAUCUGUGAGCACAUGGCGGAGUCUCCACACUGUUCUCAGAUGUCCAGCCUGGUCUGCGGCACUGACGGGGUCACGUAUGACAGUGAGUGCCAGCUCUGCUUGACCCGGAUGAAGGUCACCCCCACCUUACCCUCAGCUUGCCUAGUGACUCUGGUUUACAUCUACGGGACUGUGGGAUCACAAGGGCAAAAAGGCCUCAAGCAUCUGAAGACCGGGGUAGCCUACAACCCGGAACCACCCCAGGACAACUGA